GCCUUCCCGGUCGCGGGCCCAGCUCGGGAGCGCCGGCGCACUGGCGCGCUCCGUUUACACGCUCCGGGGCCUGUAGGCGCCGCGAGUUCCGGCUGUCGCCGUCGCCGCCGCGGCUCCUGGAGGUCGGUUGCGACGAGUAACGGCGCUAGGACGAGCUCUGCGCCUUCUUUUUCGAUAUGUACCCGAAUUGGGGCCGGUAUGGCGGGAGCAGCCACUAUCCGCCGCCGCCGGUCCCACCGCCGCCGCCAGUGGCGCUUCCUGAGGCCUCGCCGGGGCCCGGGUACUCGAGCUCGACGACUCCCGCGGCCCCCUCCUCCUCGGGCUUCAUGAGCUUCCGCGAACAGCACUUGGCGCAGCUCCAGCAGCUGCAGCAGAUGCACCAGAAGCAAAUGCAGUGCGUGCUUCAGCCCCACCACCUUCCUCCGCCCCCCCUGCCGCCCCCGCCAGUGAUGCCGGGGGGCGGCUACGGAGACUGGCAGCCGCCACCGCCACCGAUGCCCCCGCCACCCGGGCCGGCCCUCAGCUAUCAGAAGCAGCAGCAGUACAAACACCAGAUGCUCCACCACCAACGAGACGGGCCUCCUGGUUUGGUUCCAAUGGAGCUAGAAUCCCCCCCUGAAUCUCCGCCUGUGCCGCCCGGGUCCUAUAUGCCCCCAUCUCAGUCUUACAUGCCCCCACCUCAGCCGCCACCCUCUUACUACCCCCCGACCUCAUCUCAGCCCUACCUGCCUCCUGCUCAGCCGUCCCCUUCGCAGUCCCCACCUUCCCAAUCCUACCUGGCGCCCACCCCUUCUUACUCAUCCUCCUCCUCUUCCUCGCAAUCCUAUUUGAGCCAUUCCCAGUCCUACUUGCCCUCUUCUCAGGCAUCUCCUUCCCGCCCCUCCCAGGGCCAUUCUAAAUCCCAACUACUAGCUCCACCACCACCGUCCGCCCCCCCUGGAAAUAAGACAACUGUCCAGCAAGAGCCUUUGGAGAGUGGGGCCAAAAACAAGAGUGCUGAACAGCAGCAAGCCGCCCCUGAGCCAGAUCCCUCUACGAUGACUCCACAGGAACAGCAGCAGUAUUGGUAUCGACAGCACUUGCUUAGUUUGCAACAGAGGACAAAAGUUCAUUUGCCAGGACACAAAAAGGGUCCUGUGGUAGCAAAGGAUACACCAGAGCCGGUAAAAGAAGAAGUUACAGUACCUGCCACCAGUCAAGUUCCAGAAUCUCCUUCUUCUGAGGAGCCCCCAUUGCCACCUCCAAAUGAGGAAGUGCCACCUCCUCUCCCACCUGAGGAACCCCAGUCCGAGGACCCAGAAGAAGAUGCCAGGUUAAAGCAGUUGCAGGCUGCAGCAGCACACUGGCAGCAGCACCAGCAGCAUCGAGUCGGUUUCCAGUAUCAGGGAAUAAUGCAGAAGCACACUCAGUUACAGCAGAUUCUACAACAGUAUCAGCAGAUUAUACAGCCCCCACCACAUAUACAGACCAUGUCUGUAGAUAUGCAGCUGCGGCAUUAUGAGAUGCAGCAGCAACAGUUUCAACAUCUUUACCAAGAAUGGGAGCGAGAGUUUCAGCUAUGGGAGGAACAACUCCAUUCCUAUCCUCAUAAAGAUCAGCUUCAGGAGUAUGAGAAGCAGUGGAAAACAUGGCAGGGACAUAUGAAAGCCACUCAGAGCUAUCUCCAGGAGAAAGUCAAUUCAUUUCAGAACAUGAAGAACCAGUAUAUGGGGAACAUGUCAAUGCCACCUCCUUUUGUUCCAUAUUCUCAGAUGCCUCCACCUCUACCUACAAUGCCCCCUCCAGUGUUGCCUCCUUCAUUGCCACCACCAGUGAUGCCCCCUGCCCUCCCUGCUACAGUGCCACCACCUGGCAUGCCCCCACCUGUUAUGCCACCUUCUCUACCAACCUCUGUUCCCCCACCAGGGAUGCCUCCUUCUCUCUCUUCUGCAGGGCCACCACCAGUUCUCCCCCCACCUUCCCUGUCUUCUGCAGGGCCACCACCAGUUCUUCCCCCACCAUCUCUCUCUUCAACAGCACCUCCACCUGUCAUGCCCCUCCCACCAUUGUCUUCAGCUACACCUCCUCCAGGAAUACCUCCCCCUGGAGUUCCACAAGGGAUACCUCCUCAGUUAACAGCAGCCCCAGUUCCACCAGCCUCCAGUUCACAGAGCUCGCAAGUUCCAGAGAAAGCUAGACCAGCACUGCUUCCUACUCCUGUGUCUUUUGGUUCUGCCCCACCCACAACUUACCAUCCUCCAUUGCAAUCAGCUGGUCCAUCAGAACAAGUGAAUUCAAAAGCUCCUUUGAGCAAGUCUGCUCUGCCAUACAGUUCGUUCUCAUCUGAUCAAGGACUUGGGGAGUCUUCAGCUGCUCCAUCUCAGCCAAUCACUGCAGUGAAGGACAUGCCAGUGAGAUCAGGUGGCCUGCUUCCAGAUCCUCCUAGAAGUAGUUACUUGGAAAGUCCAAGAGGCCCAAGAUUUGAUGGUCCUCGAAGAUUUGAGGAUUUAGGGUCAAGGUGUGAAGGACCGAGACCCAAAGGGCCUCGUUUUGAAGGAAAUCGCCCCGAUGGGCCAAGACCCAGAUAUGAAGGUCACCCAGCAGAGGGCACUAAAAGCAAAUGGGGAAUGAUUCCCCGGGGGCCAGCAUCUCAAUUUUAUAUUACCCCCAGUACAUCCCUAAGUCCUCGACAGAGUGGACCACAGUGGAAAGGCCCCAAACCAGCUUUUGGACAGCAGCAUCAGCAGCAACCUAAGUCACAAGCAGAACCUCUUUCAGGAAACAAAGAACCAUUAGCAGACACCAGUAGUAACCAGCAGAAGAAUUUUAAAAUGCAAUCAGCUGCAUUUUCCAUUGCUGCAGAUGUAAAGGAUGUCAAGGCGGCUCAGUCAAAUGAGAAUCUAAGCGACUCUCAACAAGAGCCACCUAAAAGCGAAGUCUCGGAAGGGCCCGUAGAGCCCUCUGAUUGGGACCAGAAUGCUCAAAGUAUGGAGACUCAAAUCGACAAAGCCCAAGCUGUUACUCAGCCUGUACCCCUUGCGAAUAAGCCUGUACCUGCUCAAUCUACUUUUCCUUCAAAAACAGGGGGGAUGGAGGGAGGAACAGCAGUAGCAACAUCAUCAUUAACAGCAGAUAAUGAUUUUAAACCUGUGGGUAUUGGUCUACCCCAUUCAGAAAACAACCAAGAUAAAGGCCUGCCUCGGCCAGAUAAUAGAGAUAAUAGAUUAGAAGGCAAUAGAGGCAGCAGCUCAUCUUACAGAGGUCCUGGGCAAAGCAGAAUGGAAGACACACGAGAUAAAGGUCUAGUAAACAGAGGUCGCGGCCAGGCAAUCAGUCGAGGCCCAGGAUUGGUCAAGCAAGAAGACUUUCGGGAUAAAAUGAUGGGUAGAAGAGAAGACAGUCGAGAGAAGAUGAACAGAGGAGAAGGUAGCCGGGACAGAGGGUUGGUGAGGCCUGGAAGCAGUCGGGAGAAAGUGCCAGGUGGUCUGCAAGGGAGCCAGGACAGGGGUGGAGCUGGCAGCCGAGAAAGGGGACCACCUCGGAGGGCUGGCAGUCAGGAGAGAGGACCUCUUCGAAGGGCUGGGAGUAGAGAGAGAGUACCACCCCGAAGAGCUGGGAGCAGGGAGAGAGGACCACCUCGAGGGCCUGGCAGUCGAGAAAGGGGACUGGGAAGAUCAGAUUUUGGUCGUGAUAGAGGUCCAUUCAGACCAGAACCAGGAGAUGGUGGGGAAAAAAUGUAUCCAUAUCACCGAGAUGAGCCUCCUAGGGCUCCAUGGAAUCAUGGAGAAGAGCGAGGGCAUGAAGAGUUUCCAUUAGAUGGUAGAAAUGCUCCAGUGGAACGAGAAAGACUCGAUGACUGGGAUAGAGAGAGAUACUGGAGAGAAUGUGAACGUGACUAUCAAGAUGAUACACUAGAGCUCUAUAACAGAGAGGACAGGUUCUCAGCACCACCAUCUCGGUCUCAUGAUGGAGAUAGGCGAGGCCCUUGGUGGGAUGAUUGGGAGAGAGACCAGGAUAUGGAUGAGGACUACAAUAGGGAAAUGGACAGGGACAUGGACAGGGAUGUGGAUCGGAUUGGAAGACCUAUGGAUAUGUAUGAUAGAAAUUUGGAUAAUGAGUGGGACAGAGAUUAUGGGAGACCACUGGAUGAACAAGAAUCACAGUUUCGUGAACGGGAUAUUCCAUCUCUUCCACCUUUACCGCCCCUCCCACCUCUUCCACCUUUGGAUAGAUAUCGGGAUGAUAGAUGGAGAGAAGAAAGAAAUCGAGACCAUGGGUAUGAUCGAGAUUUCCGUGAUAGGGGUGAGUUGAGGAUUCGAGAGUAUCCAGAAAGAGGAGAUACAUGGCGGGAAAAGCGAGAUUAUGUUCCUGACAGAAUGGACUGGGAAAGAGAACGGUUGUCAGACAGAUGGUACCCAUCUGAUGUGGAUAGACAUUCCCCCAUGGCGGAACAUAUGCCCUCCUCACAUCAUUCCUCAGAAAUGAUGGGGUCCGAUGCAAGCUUAGACUCUGACCAAGGCCUUGGAGGGGUAAUGGUUCUCAGUCAGAGGCAGCAUGAAAUCAUUUUGAAAGCUGCACAAGAACUGAAAAUGCUUCGGGAACAGAAAGAACAGCUUCAAAAGAUGAAAGACUUUGGGUCUGAGCCACAGAUGACUGACCAUCUACCACCUCAGGAAUCAAGAUUGCAGAAUACAUCUUCAAGACCUGGAAUGUAUCCGCCUCCAGGGUCCUAUAGACCUCCCCCUCCUAUGGGCAAACCACCAGGUUCAAUUGUAAGACCCUCUGCUCCACCAGCAAGAUCAUCUGUUCCUGUGACCAGGCCACCUGUCCCAAUACCACCACCUCCACCUCCUCCACCUCUACCUCCUCCUCCUCCAGUGAUAAAGCCACAAACUUCAGCUGUAGAACAGGAACGAUGGGAUGAAGAUUCUUUCUAUGGGCUCUGGGAUACAAAUGAUGAACAAGGACUGAAUUCAGAAUUUAAGUCAGAAACUGCAGCAAUUCCAUCUGCUCCAGUAUUACCACCCCCACCUGUUCACUCUUCCAUUCCCCCUCCUGGCCCAGUGCCUAUGGGUAUGCCACCAAUGUCCAAGCCACCACCAGUACAACAGACUGUUGAUUAUGGCCAUGGCCGAGAUAUAUCCACUAAUAAAGUUGAACAGAUACCUUAUGGAGAAAGAAUAACUCUACGCCCAGAUCCACUACCUGAAAGAUCAACUUUUGAGACAGAGCAUGCAGGCCAACGUGAUCGUUAUGAUAGAGAAAGAGAUCGUGAGCCUUAUUUUGAUCGUCAAAGUAAUGUCAUAGCAGAUCAUCGAGAUUUUAAAAGGGAUCGUGAGACACAUAGAGAUCGAGACCGGGAUCGUGGUGUUAUUGACUAUGACCGGGAUCGAUUUGACAGAGAACGCCGACCCCGAGAUGAUAGAGCUCAGUCAUAUCGAGACAAAAAAGACCAUUCCUCAUCCAGAAGAGGGGGUUUUGAUAGGCCGUCCUAUGACCGGAAGUCUGACCGACCAGUCUAUGAAGGACCAUCCAUGUUUGGAGGAGAACGAAGGACUUAUCCUGAGGAGCGAAUGCCUCUGCCAGCUCCUUCACUGAGCCACCAGCCACCUCCAGCUCCACGAGUCGAGAAGAAGCCUGAAUCAAAGAAUGUGGACGAUAUUUUGAAACCACCGGGCCGGGAGAGCAGACCUGAGAGAAUUGUUGUUAUAAUGAGAGGGUUACCUGGCAGUGGAAAGACACAUGUUGCAAAACUUAUUCGAGAUAAGGAGGUAGAAUUUGGAGGACCUGCACCCAGAGUUCUAAGCCUGGAUGAUUACUUCAUCACUGAAGUGGAAAAAGAAGAAAAAGAUCCAGAUUCUGGAAAGAAAGUGAAAAAGAAGGUAAUGGAAUAUGAAUAUGAAGCUGAGAUGGAGGAGACUUACCGCACCAGCAUGUUCAAAACUUUCAAAAAGACUCUGGAUGAUGGCUUUUUUCCCUUCAUCAUCCUGGAUGCCAUCAAUGACAGAGUUAGGCAUUUUGACCAGUUUUGGAGUGCAGCAAAAACCAAGGGAUUUGAGGUAUAUUUGGCUGAAAUGAGUGCAGAUAACCAGACUUGUGGCAAGAGAAAUAUUCAUGGAAGAAAGCUUAAAGAAAUAAAUAAGAUGGCUGAUCACUGGGAAACUGCACCUCGUCACAUGAUGCGUCUAGAUAUUCGUUCUUUGCUGCAAGAUGCUGCUAUUGAAGAGGUAGAGAUGGAAGAUUUUGAUGCAAAUAUCGAAGAACAGAAAGAAGAAAAGAAAGAUGCAGAGGAAGAGGAAAGCGAACUGGGUUACAUUCCGAAAAGCAAAUGGGAGAUGGACACAUCUGAGGCAAAGCUAGGAAGGAUCUGAGUCUCUCCCUGCGGAGACAGCCCUGAAGAACUCCUGUAACGUCAAGCUGGCAAUUUCCAAGAAGCAAUCUGGAACCUGCAUUUCCAAAGAGACCCACAAGAAAGAAAAGACGUGAUGCUGGGAAGCACUGGUGCCAGAGCCCUCACUGGCGGAUGCUGCCUGUUUCUUGGGUAGUGGGCUAGGAGCAUCCCUGCUCUAGCGGCCCCUGAUUCUGCAACCCUAGGAAUCCUCUGCUCCCUCAUCAGACACAAACCUUGAUAAGACAGCUCCAAUGAGAAAGCCCUGGGAGAAGGUGAAUUAAGGACACUUCCUUUGUAGGAGGAGCUGAUCCUGCUAAUGGGUGACUUUUUAUUAAGCAGGUCAGAAAAUCUUACUGAAAGUAAAUCUGUGGCUCAAAGAGACUUUGGUAUUCUUUUCCCUAGCACUAACUGGAAAGGAGUGCCCCCAAGCUUCUGACUGUCAUACCGCAUUCCACUGCCUUUUGGGCUGGGUCUGAAGAGCUUACUCUCCUGCUUUCAGAGCCGGUUGACAGGGGUGCUGUUCUAGAAUCCUAACCCAGACUGGCACCAUGAAUGAUGGGUUGCCCCACCGCCAAGCUCCAAACCCAGCUUGGCUUGGGGCUUGCCGCCACUGCAGGUCAAAUGACCACCCUAUGUGGAAAGAUGCAGCAGUGCUGCCUGUCCCAUACUGACCCUGACCCCUUGAGCCUCAGAAAGGGAGACACGGACAAUUUUCCCCACAGGUAGUCUUAGCUUUCCAAACAUAUUCUGACUGACCAGUCAACAAGUGGAUGACCGCAGUUCUUGUAUUUUUUGGAGGCAUCAAUAAACCACUCUGUGAUCACAGUCAAGGGAGAAAUCAAGAAGAGGGAAGUGUAAUCUGUGACCAGAUAUACCCGGCACCUGCAGAAUCAGAUGCCAGCCUAACAGCUGUCAGCUGUGCAUGAGGCAACAUGCGUCUCUUGAUUAGGAAUGUGCACCAGUGACACCUAAGCUCACCCUUCACUGACGCUUUACCUCUGAGGUGCCACCAGUGUGCCUUCAUAGGGAUCCCCGAGGGACUGAGCUUGAGUGUUGUUUAUUGUUAUUUCCAGGAAGGAUUUGAGGUGACUUGCUAUGGAAGGCCCACUGAUACAUUUUCAAGGGAAAAUACAGAUAAGAAUCAAAUCAUGAAAAGCACAGAAAUUGUUGAGAAAACCUAGGCCAAGACUAGCUGCCACAACUGAGCUCAGCAUUCAGUCCUGAGCCUCCUGGCACUAAGGCAAAAAGUUCAGUAAGUUAUGUAACUUGAUAAUGACAGGGUAUUCAGUCUAAGAUGGUGUAAUACCUGGCAGACCUCUCACUAAGCUUCAGAAUGAAGACUGGCUGUAGACUCAGUUUGCUGCUUCCACCUGUUGCCAAAGUGAAGCUGUUGAGGCUGUAAUCUUUGUGGAUGAUACAGAGAUUGGCCCAGGCUGCCCUGGCUCUCAGUAACUUAAGGAGACACAGAAGGGGGAUCUUUCCUAAAACUCGAAUCAUGUAGGGAAGACACUCAUCAGAUCUCAUGGGAACCCAGUACAUGGUCUUACCUCAAAGUCAUUUCCCUUGUUAUAGUGCAUAUUGAGAGCUCGAAAAAGUUCUGAAUUGCGGAGAACCACCAGCAUUUUGGGAUUUGUGACACCAUCUGAAAUUGCUUGCCGGGCAGAUUUUUCCAUUUGGAUGUAAUAAAACUCACGAAAGUUGCUGAACCACUUGAUCAUCUGGGAGGUAAUGCAGCGGUUGAACUGUACAAACAAGAAGUCCAUCCAGUCAGACAUUUGCCUCUAGGUGCUCAGAAUUACAACUGUCUGCUUCCAGCUCAGUAUAGGGGUUCAGAUACAUGGCUUUAACCAGCAUUAACAGGGGCUUCCUUUAAAAAAAGAAGCAAAGCCACCACUAUUUUCCAAGCCUAUUUAGUUAUACUCAGAAAAAUCUAAAUUAGCUACAGUGCCCAUUAGAACAUAACUUUUUUUUGAUAUGCUAGAUUUAUGAGGGUUGUUUUACCCAUGAAAAGCUUUUUCUGGUGUUUGAGUGGGACUUAGGGGUCAAGACCAGCGCGGUGCCAGAUUUUGCUGCACCCAGGUGGACUGCAUGGCAGGCCUGGGGCCUUCCACCUGGAUAAAGGGCCAAGGGAAGGGCAAGGUGUAGGUCAGGGAGCAGUUUAUUAGCAACUUUGAAUUGUGGAAUGAAUUGAAAUCAAAAUCAGAGGUUGCUUCAGGGAUCAACCAACCAACUGAAUAUGAGGGAAAGAAAAGCUUGAAUGAUGUAGACCAAAAGUAUUAACAGCCCGUAACCCAACAUCCAAGGUAAAGGAGGCCCUCAGAAACCUUUUAUGGGAACAGGGGAGGUCUGGUCCCAACAAUUAGUUUGAUUUUCCUUAUUGUCACACUUCAUCUGUAUGUACGUUCACUCAGUUUUGAACUAUAGCAAUUUGAACAUAAAUUUGACAGUGUCUGACACUCUCUCUCUCUCUGCCUCUCUCUCUCUCUAUUUUUUGUUUGUUUGUUUUUGUGUGUUUUUUUUGAGAUGGAGUCUCGCUCUGUCGCCCAGGUUGGAGUGCGGUGGUGCGAUCUCUGUUCACUGCAACAUCCGCCUCCCGGGUUCAAGUGAUUCUCCUGCCUCAGCCUCCGAGUAGCUGGGAUUACAGGCGCACGCCACCACGCCAGCUAGUUUUUGUAUUUUUAGUAGAGACGGGGUUUUACCAUGUUGGUCAGGCUGGUCUCGAACUCCUGACCUCAGGUCAUCUGCCCACCUCGGCCUCCCAAAGUGCUGGGAUUAGAGGCAUGAGCCACUGCGCCUGGCCUAUAUUUUAUUUUUCAUAGUGUCCCCAGCCAAGGCAGAAAACUAGCCAUAAAGGCCACUAACUAGUGUUUCUGUUUCCCUCUACUUUUCCUGCCCAUGUGUUUCUGUUUUGGGGAUUAUCUACAGCUCAGUAGCUUAAGAAUUUAGACAGCCAGCCUUUCUAGCCUAAAGUUAUUCAUGGUUAUUUGGGUAGAGUCUCAGCCCAGAACUGGACAUUGCACAGCUUCCAUCAACAACACUAAGGGGAGCUUGAAGUGCACAUAUGAUGACCUAGGACUUGCCUCACACCAGGCGAAACACACUGCCACUUGGGAGUUCUGCAGAAGCUGCCAUUUAGUUGAGUGACUUUACCUGAACAUCAGGAAAAUAAGCCUUCAGGAGGUUGGAGCUGGGAUAUCGUGUGAAGAAAAACAUUAGUUUGGCCUUCUUCAAGUGACCAGGGUUUAGACCCUCCUGGAUUUAUCUCAGUGUCAAGGAAAAUGAACACUUUAAAAUGCCAAUUUAUCAAUUAACUAGUGAAUUCCUUGUUCCUGUGGUUUCUAUUUGAUUUCAUUUUGUUUUUCUGAUUGGAAUUGUGUAUUUGCUCCAUUUUUCUGUCUCUGGAAACUGUUCAAGUAAGCUGGAUGACAUAUGUGUACAGUUAAGUCACAGAAUGUAAAAAUCAUCUCGAUGUGGAAAAGUUAUGUAGCACAGAUGAUGUCAAAUACAGGUUGGUGUAUUGUGUGUGUGUGUGUGUGUGUGUGUGUGUGUGUGUGUGUGUGUGGUGUCGGAGUGGGAUGGGAAGAGAUGGCAGUUCUAUCCCAGAUAAACCAUUUCAAAACCCCAAGCAGAGAUUUACUUCCCCUCUCUGCCUCAGUUUCCUCAGCUGUAAAACAAGAAGAGUAAACUAGGUGGUCCUUAUUCUGGCUGUCACUUUUAUCAUUGCCUUCGCAGUGUUGCCUUUAUAACCAGCAAACAUCUAAGCAGGCUGAGUACCAGCUCAUAUUUUGCUCUUGCUCAAGAAGCUUGAAUGGUUGGGCGGCACCCCCUCUCCAUUUGCCUGGCAGAACUAUCCCUCAUCAUUUAGGUCUCAGCUCAGAAGCUCCCACCUCUGUUAAACUCUUGCCAAAUUAAGCCUUUCUUACCCUGGGCUAUGAAGACUCUUUGUACAAACGGUUGCAGCAAUGACCUUAUUGGAAUUUUUACUGCAUGUUUGUCUCCUCGUCUAGACUGUGAGCUCCUUGAGAGUGAGGACCUUAUCUUUUCAUCUUUGUGCCUAGCCCAGUGCUAGGAACACAGUAGGUGCUCAAUAAAUAUUUGUUGUGUGAA